AUGGCAGACACAGCAGAUGAGAGAAAUGUGCGACAGCAGGUUUUGCAAAAGACAUUGGAGGAAGUGCAAACCGAGGAAAAGGAUGGAGAGUCCAACGACCCCUGCGUGAUCUGCCUCGACUUGAUCACAGAACCCUGCGUGGCUAUACCAUGCAAUCAUUCAAAUUUCGACUACCUGUGUCUGCUCACAUGGCUGGAGCAGGGACCAUUCUGUCCUCUGUGUAAGAUUGAAACCGUUGCUGUCAAAUAUGAUCUGAAUGCGCCCAAAGGAUUCAAAACAUACAAGGUGCCUGCCCGUGAGAAGCCUGGAAUGAAACCCGGAGCCUUUUCUCGAACCUCUGUACAACAACGGGCAUUGGCAGGCGGCUUGGAUAUUGGAGAUUCUCGAGCACAACGACGACGAUCUCGCCCUCCGAAUCAGCGACCACCUCGACUUCUACCCACCAAUCCUGUUUCAGUGCGAUACAAUGUUUACCGCAAUCAACUAUUCUCUCUACGUGUCGGGUCGAAUCGAUUAUCUCAGUACAGCGAGGUCACCCCGGAGCAAUUCAGCCGCAACGAAUCCCUUAUCUCACGGGCACGGAAAUGGAUUCGCCGGGAACUACAAGUCUUUACCUUUUUGAACCCAGUAGUGGAGGACGAACAACCAGCCUUUGGCCGGCGGCCACAUGGGAACCAUGCCGAGUUUCUGCUCGAUUAUGUGAUCUCCAUCCUGCGCACGAUUGAUAUUAGGGGAAGCUCUGGGCAAGCAGAGGAGCUGUUGAAAGAUUUUCUCGGUCGUGAAAAUGCUCGCCUUUUCCUACAUGAACUGCUGUCCUGGUUGCGUAGUCCAUACGACAGGCUGGAAGACUGGGAUCGCAAUGUACAGUACCCAACGACACAGGCUCACCGUAGCAGGGAGCUCCGGGAGCCUCUGGAAAUAGAGUCAAACUCGCAUCGCCGAAGAGCUCGCAGUCCACCACCGGCGAGUCGGCGUCGCAGUGCGUCGCCCAUCCACACACCAGAUAGAAGCUUGUUUGAUCGGAUUUCCAGAGCGGAGGGAUCGAAUACAUUAACGUCUACCCAAGUGGAGGUGCAGCCCAGGACUCGAGUGCGGCCUCGGGCACGGAACCGCGGAUACUUAGAUCGAUAUAUACCCGAAUACUAA